GCGCGGUAAACGCAGGUUGGGACGCGCGCUUGAGCUGGAAAAAUACAUCAUCCACCCGAAUGAGCUCAUCGAUUAUUAUUCCAGACGAAACCUCGUUUAUUUAGCUUCUAAUAAAGAGCCAUAUAUCCGAUUCUGAAAAUGCCGAGUAAUAAGCUGGAUAAACCAGAGAAGGUGGAGGUGAGUGAUAAUGUGAAGGUGGUGGUGAGAUGUCGACCCCUCAAUGAGAAGGAGAAGAUGAUGGCACACAAGCAGGCCGUCGCUGUUGACGAGAUCCGGGGAACGAUUACUGUGAACAAACUUGAUAUGACUAGUGAGCCGCCAAAGACGUUCACCUUCGACACAGUGUUCGGUCCAGACAGUAAACAGCUGGAUGUGUACAAUUUAACAGCUCGACCUAUUAUUGACUCAGUAUUAGAGGGUUACAAUGGAACCAUAUUUGCAUACGGCCAGACAGGCACAGGGAAGACGUUCACUAUGGAGGGUGUCAGGGCAGUGCCUGAACUCAGAGGAAUCAUCCCAAAUUCAUUCGCUCAUGUAUUUGGUCACAUUGCAAAAGCAGAAGGAGACACCAGGUUUCUGGUAAGAGUUUCAUAUUUGGAAAUAUACAAUGAGGAGGUGAGAGACCUGUUAGGAAAGGACCAGAUGCAGAGGCUGGAGGUCAAGGAGAGACCUGAUGUAGGAGUUUACAUCAAGGAUCUUUCUGGAUAUGUGGUAAACAAUGCUGAUGACAUGGACCGGAUUAUGACCCUUGGACACAAAAACCGUUCUGUGGGAGCGACUAAUAUGAACGAGCACAGCUCUCGUUCCCAUGCUAUCUUCACCAUAACUAUCGAGUGCAGUGAGAAAGGUGUAGAUGGAGAUCAACAUGUGCGCAUGGGAAAGCUACACUUGGUGGAUCUUGCGGGCUCUGAAAGACAAGGAAAAACGGGCGCCACAGGUCAACGUCUUAAAGAGGCCACAAAAAUCAACCUGUCCCUGUCCACGCUGGGAAAUGUUAUCUCUGCACUAGUGGAUGGGAAAAGCACCCACGUGCCCUACAGGAAUUCAAAACUCACCCGACUCUUGCAGGACUCUCUAGGAGGAAACUCCAAAACCAUGAUGUGUGCAAACAUCGGCCCAGCAGAUUACAACUACGAUGAAACCAUCAGUACACUCCGUUAUGCCAACCGUGCCAAAAACAUCAAGAAUAAGGCCAGGAUUAAUGAGGACCCCAAGGAUGCACUGCUGCGGCAGUUUCAGAAGGAAAUUGAAGAUCUCAAGAAAAAACUGGAAGAAGGUACACCGCAUCAGUUUUUAGCUGUGUCAUGUCUUUGUCAGGGUUGCUCUUCAGGAUGUGACUCAUUGACUCUGUGUCAAUCACCAGUUUACAGGGAAAUGGAUGUAUUUCAGUGGGGGAGGAAGAAGGUGUCUCCUGACAAGAUGGUGGAGAUGCAAGCUAAGAUCGAAGAGGAACGGAAAGCACUGGAGGCCAAACUGGACAUGGAGGAGGAAGAGAGGAACAAAGCGCGUGCAGAGCUUGAGAAGAGAGAGAAGGAUCUUCUCAAAGCCCAACAGGAACAUCACUUAUUACUCGAGAAGCUGUCUGCUCUGGAGAAGAGGGUUAUUGUUGGUGGAGUUGAUUUAUUGGCUAAAGCUGAGGAGCAGGAGAAGCUUCUGGAAGAAUCCAACAAUGAACUGGAGGAGAGGAGGAAGAGGGCUGAGCAGCUCCGGAGAGAACUGGAAGAAAAGGAGCAAGAGCGCUUGGACAUCGAGGAGAAAUACACCAGUUUACAGGAAGAAGCUCAAGGCAAGACCAAGAAACUGAAGAAAGUCUGGACCAUGUUGAUGGCAGCAAAAUCUGAGAUGGCUGAUCUGCAGCAGGAGCAUCACAGAGAGAUCGAAGGUCUGCUGGAAAACAUCCGGCAGCUGAGCAGAGAGCUGCGGCUACAGAUGCUCAUCAUUGAUAACUUUAUUCCUCAGGAAUAUCAGGAGAUGGUUGAGAACUAUGUGCACUGGAAUGAGGACAUUGGAGAAUGGCAGCUGAAAUGUGUGGCCUACACAGGCAACAACAUGAGAAAACAGACACCUGUGUCGGACAAGAAAGAAAAAGAUCCAUUUGAAGUGGACCUGUCCCAUGUUUAUCUGGCCUACACUGAGGAGAGCAUGAGACAGUCCCUAAUGAAACUAGAAAGGCCUCGGACAUCAAAGAGUGGAAAGUCCAGGCCUAAAACUGGUCGUAGGAAACGUUCAUCCAAACCAGAGGCUGUGAUUGAAUCCCUGCUACAGUGAGCCUUUUGUGAGAUGAAGACCACCAUAUUUUGUGCAUUUUCAAGGCCAGUCCAGUAUAUAUCUUAGGAAAUACUGAUGAUAAGGCACUUUGACAUAAGUGGAUAUGAAAAUAAAUCAUGUGUUAAUAUGCGGGAACUCCAGAGCUGCUCCAAUGCUGGGUUUAGGUGAGGAUAGUUUGCUGUAAAAUGUCUGUUAACGAUAGCACUCCAAAAGGCACAUUUCACCUUUAACAUAAACACUGUUACUGUAUAUUCUGCUUUACACUGAUGGCUGGAGCGAGCAGGUUAUUAAUGCGACACAUGAGAUGAGCUUGCCGUCAGGGAAUAUGCUAUUGAGAAACUAAUCUAAUCUUAAUGUUUUAUACAGUUGGCAGCGUGCAAUUGCUUUAGCUCAAUGUACACAAGCUAUGCUACUUAAUUUUUUUUUUAUAGUGAGAAUGUGCAUGCCAUGUUUCCCUGGCUGUGGUGCCAUUAGCUCAAUUUACUCUAAUUGUGAUGUAUUUCCAUUGUGCACUGUAGUAAACCAUUAGUCUUAUGUAAACAUUUUUACAUUUGACUGUUUUCCCCCCCU